GUAUCCUGGAGAUCAGGACAGUGUGAGGGGGCAUACUGGCUAUCAAAGGCGUGAAGAGUCAGUAUUAUAUCUCUAUGAACAGGACUGGACAUCUGCAAGGCAAGAGGAUCUACAAUGAAACCUGCAACUUCAAGGAGGUUUUCCUAGAAAACUACUUCAAUGCUUACUCCUCUGUAAAGAGGACUAAUAACGGCAAAGAAAUGUUCAUAGCCUUGUCUCAGAAGGGAAAACCAGUGCGAGGGAAGAAGACCAGGAGGGAGCACAUAGCAUCCCACUUUAUCCCUAUGAAGUGCAGAGAGGAGGAAAGGAGGGUGGACUAAAAAACCAUGGGUCGCAAAUUGUGUAUCAUUUCAAUCACAUAUUAUAUAUGUUAACAGAGACAUAUAAACACAUUACCAACAUGAUGCUCCACUCUCCAUGUGUAGAUUUAUUAUGUUAUGUUCAUAAUUUCAGAUGGGCACAUUAAACUACUCCAAACAUCCUCAAAUAAGAUUCUGAAACAAUACUGAAAUAUUUGAAAUAGCUUCACCUGGUGCACAGACUGUAAAACCAACAAAAAGUCUACUCAAUAUUCUUAUUAUUUUAAGUUAAAUAUUAUAUUUACUUAUAAAACAGUUAAGUAUUUUCUUAUAAAACAGUAAAGUGUAUUACACACAGUCGGGACUGUAUCCUUUUCCAAAGAUGACACCCAUCCAGAUGAGGAGACCUGUAUGAUCAACAGAAAGGUCCAGAAUAGAGAUUUGGCUUGACAAAGAUGUGCUGAAGCAAGCUGGACUUGUCUUUUUUAAUGGUACAAUUGUCCAGAGCACACAUAACUGAGGCACAAUGAAUUACAAUAGCAUGUUCAGUAAAACUAAAGUGUGUAUGACCUGUGAAUCAUCUGUUUUGAUCUGUCUGUCCUUCUUGCAUUGAAACCUCUGUUCAAGUGCAUUGUAAAUGUUCCCUCUUAAUUAUCAAGGUGUGAUUUUGAAAUGCUAAAAUAUUCUGUUGCUGCUGAAAAUACAUCCAGAUUAAAAUACAAAGUGAACAACAUAAUAAAUGUGCAUGCCAUGCAGUCUCUUCACUAAAAGAGCACAUAUUUAUUUAUAGGGAGAUUUUUUUAGUUUGUGUUAAGACAUUCCCAUUUUUAGUAAGCAUGAAUAUGACAAAAAUGUACCAGAAGCUCCAUUUAUUUUGACAACACCUAAUCAAACACUCAUUGCAAUCUCAAAGGCCAACUCUACAUGCUACCACUGCAAUUUCCCAAUACUGGAGAACAUUACAGUGCAUUGUCAUUCAUGUUUGUAAGUUAUUUGUUUUAUAAAACAGAUGAGUGUCCAUUUCCCUUACAAUGUGCAUUGUUCUACCUGGAUCAUAGAAUGUGCAACUGUUGAAGUAUAGUAUUAAAGACUGCAAUAAUGGGUUAUUUGAUCACUAGGGGUAUGAAAUACUCCAAAACAAACUCACAGGAACUAUUUCAUGAAGUUCUUUAGGCUAACAUAUUAACAAGAAACUGCCUUCUUACACAUCCAGUAGAAAGAAAGCAACAGUUAUCUUUUGUGUCAUUUUUCUAAUAAUCACAAGAACUUUUUCCUUCUUUGGUCUGACAGUUUUUUAGAAAAAUAUGAAACUCUUUGACUUGCAAAAUGUACCACUCUGCAUGUCAGCAAGCCAUUAUUUCACACCAGACGUCUGGUAACGUGUGAGCAGUGUUAAUUCUUAAUGGAUUUGGCAGUACUAGCAACGAUUUCACAUUAUUGGAAAUCAUUCGAUUGUGAGAAAUACUGCUUCAUGCAACUUCAGGAAGAAAGUCUGCAUAUGAACCGUGCCUUUAUUCUGACACACAUGAAACUACGAAGCUGAGCAACAAGUUGUGGCUUAAGAUGAAGAGAGAAUUGUACUCUGCUGACACACUGUGAUUAAAAAAAUCAACACACACUCGAAAACUCAAUAAAUCAAAUUUGAGAAAUA